CCGUCCUCCCUCUUAUCCUCCACGCGACCGCUCGCUUAUUCGUGCCCAUACAAAUAUUCCAUUUAUGACCACCACUGGUAUUAAUCCGAUCCGAUAAGUGUUCGACGAAAAGCCUACAAGAAAUUCUCACCCUGCCUUUUCUCCCUUUCCCCGGCUCCAGUCCAUCGAAGCCCUUCUAUUGCCCGCCAACGGUUCCCACACAAAGAGAGGAUCUUGAGAGAUCAAGACAAGGAAUCCGAGAGAGAGAUUAUUUGAUCGGAAUCGGGAUGCCAACGGCGGCGACCAUCCCCACCACCGCCCUCGUCUCCGCCCUCCUCUGGCGUCACCACGCCGCCGCCCCUCUCCCCUCGCCUUCCCCCGUCGCCCCCGCCCGCCCCGCGAUCGGCGUCCCCCGGCGCCCGGCGGCGUUAUUCCGGAGGAGAAUCUCUUGCCAGGUCGCCAUCACUACCGACGCUUCUUCCUCCUCGUCGCCGUCGGUGGCGGAGGAGGAGGCGGAGGCGUUGGCCAAGAUCGGGCGGAGGGUCCGGGUGAAGGUGCCGCUGAAGGUCUACCACGUCCUCAAGGCCCCCGAGCUGGAUUUGGAGGGGAUGGAGGGGGAGAUCAAGCAGUACGUGGCGUUGUGGAAGGGGAAGCGGAUCUCCGCCAAUCUCCCCUUCAAGGUCGAAUUCCACGUCGCCGUCGAGGGCCAGCCGAAGCCCGUCAAGUUCUUCGCCCACCUCAAGGAGGACGAGUUCGAGUACCUUCCGUCAUCCGAUUGAGCUAAGUUGUGUAAUUUGAUGUAAAGAUUCCAAAUUUCAGAGAGUCUUUUGGAAUUCGGUUAUGGGGCAAGCUGUGUUUAUGGAUGGAAUUAUUGAGUAUCCAUCUCCUUCUUUUCCUCCCCAAGACCUUCUAUUAUACCGUAAUAGCAACAUGAUGGUUGUAAAUUAAUUAAUAAAUAGAUGGGGAGGGAAGAAGGCACUUUAUAGUUCUGCCUCCAAGUAAGUUUCUUGUCAUUGCUCCCUUCUGUUUCUGCUGUUGUUGUCAAUUUGGGUAACUGUUUGAAACAAGAUGACUGAGUUUUGUUGUAUAAUCAGAUAUAGACCUUUAAAGGAAUAUGUUUCUUCCCUUUCUGAUUGAA